ACUGCGCAGGGCUUUGUGUUCAACUACAGUACCCACACGUCACUGUCGAGCGGCUGUUAUCCGGGGAUAUCUCUCGCUGCUGCUGCUGUGUUUCUCCUUAGUCUAGCGCUCUCUCCUUUUUAGCGGAUUGGCACAACAGGGUAGGAUUACUAAAAGGAAUACAAAAACAUAGGCAAAAAAAUGGCAGAGCUUGGAGCGGGGAGCCUGCUAACAGGAGAUCCUGCUUUUAAUUACCAAGAGCAUGAGCUAAACGAGCGUUUGAAGCGGCUGUACCCGGCCGUGAAUGAGGAAGAGACCCCCUUACCCCGAUCUUGGAGCCCCAAGGAUAAGUACAGCUACAUCGGGCUCUCACAGAAUAAUCUGCGGGUGCAUUACAAAGGCCACGGAAAAAACCACAAGGAUGCAGCGUCUGUUCGGGCCACCCAUCCCAUCCCCGCCGCUUGUGGCAUCUACUACUUUGAGGUGAAGAUCGUAAGCAAAGGAAGGGAUGGGUACAUGGGAAUUGGACUGUCAGCCCAGGGAGUCAACAUGAACAGACUGCCUGGUUGGGACAAGCACUCCUAUGGUUACCAUGGUGACGACGGACACUCCUUUUGCUCCUCAGGGACUGGCCAACCGUAUGGCCCAACCUUCACUACGGGCGACGUUAUUGGCUGCUGCGUCAACCUCAUCAACAACACAUGCUUUUACACCAAGAACGGACACAGUUUAGGUGUGGCUUUUACAGAUCUGCCACCUAACCUGUACCCCACAGUAGGCCUGCAGACUCCAGGGGAGAUCGUAGAUGCUAAUUUUGGCCAGCAGCCUUUUGUGUUCGACAUUGAGGACUACAUGAGCGAAUGGAGGGCCAAGAUCCACAGCAUGAUCGCCCGCUUCCCCAUCGGAGAAAGGCUGGGAGACUGGCAAGCCGUUCUGCAGAAUAUGGUGUCCAGCUACCUGGUGCAUCAUGGCUAUUGUGCCACAGCAAUGGCGUUUGCCAGAGCCACUGAGACCAUGAUCCAAGAGGACCAAACCUCAAUAAAAAACAGACAGAGAAUACAGAAGCUGGUAUUGGCAGGCCGUGUUGGAGAAGCCAUUGAUGCAACACAGCAGUUAUACCCGGGACUCCUAGAACACAACCCCAAUUUACUCUUCAUGUUGAAGUGUCGGCAGUUUGUGGAGAUGGUGAAUGGUACAGAUAGUGAGGUACGGUGCUUUAGUGUCCGCUCUCCUAAAUCACAGGACAGCUAUCCCGGCUCCCCAAACAUGAGCCCCCGACACGGAGCCACCAACCCUCACUUGCACAGCACAGGCACAGACAGUCCCACAUGCAGUAACGGGGUCACUCCUCCAAACAAAAAUAAGAGCCACAACAAAUACACGGGCAUAAGCUCUGCAUCCUCCUCUCCAUCCUCCUCUCCCUCCUCCGUCAACUACUCAGAGUCUAACUCCACUGACUCAACCAAGUCCCAGCCUCACAGUGCCACCAGCAACCAGGAGACUAGUGAUAGUGAGAUGGAGAUUGAGGCAGAACAUUACAGCAACGGUGUGACAGAAAGCUCAACUCGCAUUAUGAAUGGCACAUACAAACACCAGGAAAUCCUGCAAGCGGAUGACAACAGUGUCGGCAAUGGAGUAGCAGAUGACACCUGCAGCUCCAGACAGCUGUGUGGAGGAAACCAGGCGGCCACGGAGAGAAUGAUCCAGUUCGGCAGAGAGCUUCAGGCCCUCAGCGAACAGCUCUGCCGCCAGUACGGCAAGAAUGCCACUCAUAAGAAGAUGCUGCAGGAUGCAUUCAGUCUGCUGGCAUAUUCAGACCCCUGGAACUGCCCCGUGGGCCAGCAGUUGGACCCCAUGCAAAGAGAGGCGAUCUGCUCCGCUCUCAACAGUGCUAUUCUGGAGUCUCAGAAUCUGCCUAAACAGCCGCCUCUUAUGCUGGCUCUGGGUCAGGCCACUGAGUGCGUGCAGCUGAUGGCCAGGGUUCGCUCUGGGUCCUGCUCCUUCGCCAGAGUCGACAACUUUUUGCACUAGCACCAGUACAGGCAAUGUUCAGGACGGCUAAGAGGACUUUCCAGCUGAUUGCCAUGACGAGAACACGCGUUUGAAUUGGUGUGCCGCUUGCCAGAAGCAGCCGAGCAGAACGAAUAGAAAACACGAGAAGAGAGGCUUCUUUUUAAUUUAGUAUUAUCAAAUACAAAUUGUGUGACACUAUUUAAAGAUAAUUAAUUAUUCUGUUUAUCUAGUCGUUUUUAUUUCAGUUUAUAUUUUGUCCGUUUGUUGUGCUCAUCUUGAAACAAAUCAACUUCCCAACCUAUUUUUUUCAUGGGUGAACUCACUGCAUAGUAUUUCAAGAUUACCAUAUCAACUAUACACAUAAUGGUAAGUUCCUACUGAAAAAUUCGAGCAAAGCACUUAGUCAGAGCUCAGGUAUUUAGACAAGUCGUCGGAGCGGGAAAUUAGCAGAAACAGGUGUCGCUUCACCAAACCAUACUGUGGAUUUUAAAGCAGGUCCUUUUCUAAGUAUAAACAAAUGAGUUUUUCGGUCAACCUUAGCUGCCCCUUUAGGAGUUUGAUGGAUGUUGCGCAUAUGUGAGUUUGUUGUGACCUAACGAUGUUAAUUGUGCGAGAGAAGGUGAGAAAUUGCAUGGCUCUUAGCGUCUCGCCUUUUUAAGCUACUUUAGUAUCUCAGGCACCAGCACGAGUUUCAUUAAACACAAUCACACUGACGACGCAGACUUGCCUUCGGGUCCAAUGUAGAUCAAUUCUAUUUUCAACCUUUGCCCUGAACGGGUCUAUUUUACCAAUAUUUUAUCAUCUUUGUGAGUAGAGUGUCAACCUUCACCAUUUUUUAAGUUAGGCAAACUAAAUUCAAAUCAGUUUUCAGACUUUUGUGGCUCUACCAAAUAAAAACGCAACAUUUUUGACAGAAAAAUGAAGGUCAGCAGUUUGAUUACUGAGAAGAGCUUGGAGAUGAACUAACUAGUACGUUUCACACCCAUGUGAAUAGUGUCACUGUGUUGAUAGUUCUCCUGUUAGAUGAAUAACUCCAAACUGACACUGUUUGAACUUUUGUUAUUGGUCGUUUCAUUGGCUGUUAAGUACUGUUUGUUAGAGUUUUGUUACCAUUGGAUGCACUGUACUUCACUUAAUGCACACUUAGAUGCAUUACUGUAUCUGUCUACCUCUUCUGUUCAGAAAUGGAGGGACAGAGUAUGAACUUGCAGCACGCAAGACAAUUGACUGACCCAGCGUUCCUACAAAUGAACAGGAAACUUGCAAACAAACGAUGUAUUUAUUUAGCAACGACUAGAACUUGAUCUGCAAUCAUCUUUGUUGCUCCAGAACUUCACCUCGACCUCAUUAUUAUUAGUGCAAUUGUUUUUUUUGUUAUUUCCUCCCUCCCAAAUGUCAGUUUCUUUCCCCUUUUGUGCGUGUGAUGUUAUCAGGCUCAGGCACUUAACUUUUAAUUUCCUAUUAUCAUUCAUGAAGGAAGAUUUAUCAAGCGAUUCCCACGUCAACCCAGCAUUUCACUAAGCCAGCAGGCCGCCGUGGUGUUGAAUGUAGCUUAGCCGAUUUGAUUUCCCACCUUGUUUUAGCUGCUGGCCAUCAUGAGAUUGUUACAUUCCCAUAUUUACACCUGCUUUUUCUUCAGCUAUACCUCAUUUACUCUUAGGACACAGUGCUGUCUAGCUUGUUGUAUCUUGUCAGGCGUAUUAACUGAAGGUAUGUGUAGUGCGGGAACCACUUGGUCGACCUGCAGAUCGUUUAAGUCGGAAGUCUGGAAAGUUGCACAUGCUCCUCAAGAACUUAAAAAAAGAAGUGGCCUUUCCAAAUUUCGAGUUACUUAAUGAAUAGAGAUGCUAACUAUUUGGAGCCCCGUCAUUUGUUUUUUAGCAGUGUUUAUGUGUCUGAUUCUGUGGGGCAAGUUUUACACAUCCUGAUCCACCAUUUUAUUCUACUAAAUGGGUCGAUUUGGUUGUUUAAUGGUGGUAUAUUGUUGCAUGGGGACAUCUUGUGUAACAUUUUACUUAUGUUUGAGUUACAAAAUGGCAGUUUAUAGAGAAGCGCUCGUAUUUCUACUGAACUGUAUACGUUGUAGAUCUUUUAUCGCGAGGCGGCUUUUUAAUGCCAGAUAUGUUUUGGAACUCAUCAUAAUCUAACCACAAAGAAUGAAUAUUGUCAUUUUAAAAGAAUCCAUCAUAGGACUUCAUUUUGGCUUGAAUAGGGACCUACGUACAAAUAGGGGAGGGAAGAAAGUCGCCAAAAUCAUUGUCAAGAUCUUUUUAGUCAUGUGAUGAUGUUCCUGCUUUAAAACAAAACCAAUUGACAACAACGGAGCAGGACGGAUGGAAUAUGGAGUACAGCAAGCUGUGCACAAUUUUCUUCUAUUAUGAUUUUAAUUUUAUUUGAGUUUUCUUUUAGCAAUUGUGAAAUGAGUUACCCUCUACUUAGCAUGAACCUUUAAAAACCUUUAAAACAACAUAAAAAAGAAAAACGAUAAAAAAAAUACAUAAAAAAUAAAAAGAGACAUACCUAUGUACUGGAAACAUGAUAAAGAAAUAUUGUACUCAUUUAAUUUUGACAGAAUUAUUUUUAUUAAAAUACACAUC